UUGUGUGUAUUGUAACGUUGUUUGAAAUCGUCGAAAUAUAGUGUAUUUUUUAUGAAAAUUUAACAUUCAUAGUGUUAGAAAAAUAAUAUAUUGAAUCAGUGGACCGUGUAACAAAGCGUGUCCAUGUUUUUCUACCUGCUAAAUAAUAGCCAAUAGCGUUAACUGUCUCAUUAUCAUUUAUUAAAUGUACAUGAGAACACGGAUUGCUUGUGAAGGAGCGUUUUUUCAUUCAUAUAUAUUGUGUCUCGAUAAAUUAAACAUUUAAUCGUAAGAGCCGGGUUUUAUUUAUUCAGCAGUACUAGUUCUGUAGCAACAGACGACUAAUUACAAACAUACUUGGAUCGAAAUGGACGAACCGAAAGAAGAUACGACAUGGAUUUCUGAAAAGCUGCCAUCAAAAGUUGAUAAUCCGGAAGUGACGUCAACUGAUACUACUGUUACAUCAUCGUCUGGAAGUGAUCGAUUGAAGCCAAAAUUAAAGAAAAGAGAAGUUUGGGGGAAGAAGAUUGAUUUCCUUUUAGCAUGUGUUGGUUUUUCCGUCGGUCUUGGAAAUGUGUGGAGAUUCCCUUUUCUGUGUUAUCGGAAUGGAGGAGGAGCAUUUUUGAUUCCCUACUUCAUAGCAGUUGUGGUAUGUGGUAUACCAUGUUUCUUCUUGGAAGUAUGUUUAGGACAGUUCAUGGCUCAGGGAGGUGUCAGUGCUUGGAAAAUAACUCCAUUGUUUCAGGGCAUAGGAUUUGCAUCUGCAAUCAUUGUAUUCUUACUUAACUGUGAAUACAAUAUAAUAUUGUCCUGGUCACUUUAUUACCUGUUUUCAUCCUUUACUGCUGUUUUGCCUUGGUCUCAUGGGAACAAUGAAUGGAACUCUGAGAACUGUACUAAUCUUUACAAGACAAAGUCAGUGAAUUCUACAAUAUCACUACUUGCCAACGUCACUGCUGACGUUGAGGAUGUUAUAUCUAAUCUGUCAAAGAAGUUAUGCGAUCCUGUCACAGAAUUUUGGGAGAGAAAAGUGCUGAAUCUGUCCAGCGGUGUGGACCACCCUGGAGCCAUCAAGUGGGACCUAGCCCUCUGCCUUUUACUAGCCUGGAUCAUCGUGUAUUUCUGCAUUUGGAAGGGCAUAAAAUCCUCCGGCAAGGUUAUGUAUUUCACGGCGACUAGUCCUUACAUAUUUAUGCUGAUAUUGUUAAUCAGAGGAGUAACAUUAGAUGGUGCAGAAAUAGGAUUAAAAUAUUAUCUUCUUCCUGAUUGGUCAAGACUACGUGACCCACAGGUGUGGGUGGAUGCAGGAACACAGAUUGUAUUCACAUAUUCUUUGGCUCUUGGUACUCUUACAGCCUUAGGGAGUUACAACAAAUUCCACCACAAUGCUUUCAGGGAUUCGAUUAUAUUUUCCUGUAUCAAUAGUUUUACUUCCUUGUUGGCUGGUCUAGUCAUAUUUUCUGUACUCGGGUUCAUGGCUAAACGACAAGGAGUUUCAAUUGCUGAUGUGGCUGAAUCUGGUCCUGGAUUGGCAUUCAUUGCAUAUCCAGAAGCUGUUGCACAGAUGCCUGCCGCUCCAUUCUGGUCAGUCUUGUUCUUCGUGAUGAUUUUACUUCUUGGACUUGAUAGUCAGUUUGUAGGUGUAGAAGGCUUCGUAACAGCAAUUGUCGACUACUUCCCUCAUCAGCUGAGGAGAGGGAAAAGGAGGGAAAUUUUCAUUGGAUGCGUUUGCAUCUUCUGCUUUUUCGUUGGGUUAUCCAUGGUUACAGAGGGCGGAAUGUAUGUAUUUCAGUUAUUCGACUACUAUGCGGCCAGCAGAAUUGUUCUUGUAAUGACCUUCUUCGAGUGUGUGGUGGUAGCUUACAUCUACGGUGUUAAUCGUUUCUAUGACAACCUUCAAAUGAUGUUUGGUUACAAAUUGUCACCCUUCAUGAGUCGACUUAUGAAAGUGAUGAAGUACAUGUGGGCGAUCUUCACACCCCUUUUCAGCAUGAUUAUAUUUAUAGUUGGAGCUAUAAGUUAUUCUGAAUUGGACUACAAGAGGAAGAGCCUCACUUACCAGUAUCCUUCAUGGGCUAUUGGAGUUGGUUGGAUAUUGGCAUUAAGUUCAGUGAUAUGGGUGCCAAUAGUUUUCAUCGUUAGACUUCUCCAGACACCAGGAACAUUGAGAGAACGUUUUGUCAUUACCACAAUGCCACGCUUACAAAGGCAUCAGAUAAGAGAAGGAGAAGAUAUGAGUAAAAUAUGUGUUAUAGAUGACGAAGGAGAAGAAGAAAGUCAUAUCGCUACAUCUUCAAAUACAGAGCCAACACUUCUUUCCAACAGUAUGGAGUAUGAAAAAUUCUUACAAAAAGACUCAAAUGUUUGAUAACGGCUUUGAUAACAUUGCAGUUUUUAUAUUAUGUUGGAACUUCUUUUCAGUUUUAUGAUAGAAGUGUAAAUGAAAGAAAUAAUUGUGAUGUAUUAGGUUUUACUUGGGAUUUUAAUCUUUAGGUUUUACUUGGGAUUCGAAUCUCUGUGUUUUACUUAGGAUUUAAAUCUUUGGGUUUUAUUCGGAAUAGUAAUCCUUAUUCUGACUUAGUCAUCAGACUGCCAUCAAGGCAUGUAUGAAUAACAAAAUAAGCUGUUCAAGAUGACCAGUAACGUUACAAAGGAUGAUAGAUUUUUGGAAUGGUUUUACUUCUGAAAUCAUGAACAAAUAUUUUCAGAAUUAACUUAUAGUUUAAUUGAUCAAGUGAUAAUGACCAAUUAAACAUGAAAAUAUACCAGUAAGGAUGAUCAGGAUUUUGCUCAUAGUGUUCAGGAAAGUGUAAACAAAAACAUUAAUAAUAAUUUGUCAUGUCAAAAAUGUAUUUAAAAAUAUGUAGACAGCUUCCACCAAAUUGUCUUACAUAUAUCUUAGGGAUUAUGCAGCACUUUUCAUUUUACUUUUUCAUGCUGAUACGAUUUUUAACCUAUCUUGAAGGACUUCUGAUUUGUCCUGGCGGUAUUAAAGGACUGGUUAUUAUCAAUACAUUGUUAUUUUUUUAUAUGUUUUAAGAAUAUUAACUUGAUCUUGUUUUUAUAUUCCCAACAUCAAUGUAACCUUGUAUGGUUUAAAUGUGUCUUUCUAAGGUUAUUGUGAUAAUUAUCUAAUAUUUGAUACUUUUAACAUUGAAACAAAUUAUAAAGUAAUUUGGGAUAACGAAAUGACAAGGUCAGUAACGUUUUUAAAUAUCUCCAUUUAUUUUCAUUGUCAUUUAUUAACUUAUUUAAGGGCAUGCUGUAAAUAGUGACGUUUGACAUUUCAUACUUUAUCACAUUGUACCCUUUCUAUUUUAGUUGUCCCACUACAGAUGAUAAUGACUCUAUUUUAAUUUUCCUACUUAUAAAUGAUAAUGUCUCUACACAAGUUGUCCUACAAUAUAUCAUUAUGACAGAGAGUAAUUAUGGAAGAAGAUCUGACGUAGUUGUAUGAGAUUUAUAAAUGUU